AUGGCUGUCAUCGCUGUUUCUAGCUUCGUCUCCUUACUAUUCGUCGCUUCAAUCUCCAUUUCAUUGGUUGCAAGUGAGAAUCGUAAUUUCCGCGGUGCAGUUUUCAGCGUGAAUUCCAAAUUCUCAAAGAAGGAUCGGUCACUUAGCGUUCUUAAAGCUCAUGAUAGUCUCCGUCACCUUCAAAUGCUAGCCUCCGGCGUCGACCUCCCUCUAGGUGGAACCAGUCGUCCUGAUGCGGUUGGGCUUUACUAUACCAAAAUCGGAAUCGGAACACCACCAAAUGAAUACUAUGUGCAAGUAGAUACAGGAAGUGACAUAAUGUGGAUCAAUUGCAUACAAUGCCAAGGAUGCCCUGAGAAAGGCUAUAAUGGGCUGGACCUUACACUCUACAAUCCAAAUGAUUCAUUUACUGGAAGACCUGUGACAUGUCAUGAAGAGUUUUGUGUAGACAUCAAUGGUGGAAAAGUUGGUGGUUGCAAAGGCAACACAUCUUGUCUGUAUACAGAGACUUACGAAGAUGGAAGUGAUAGUAUUGGUUACUUUGUCAAAGAUGUUGUUCAAUAUGACAGUGUAUCAGGUGACUUCGAAAUUAAGCUUGCAAAUGGAAGUAUUGUUUUUGGGUGUGGUGCUACACAAUCUGGCAACCUAGGUUCUUCAGAAGCACUCGAUGGGAUUCUUGGAUUUGGAAAAUCAAAUGCAUCUGUAAUAUCACAACUUGCAUCUUCAGGGAAAUUAAAAAAAAUGUUUGCACAUUGUUUAAAUGGUGAUAAUAAUGGAGGUGGGAUUUUUGCAAUUGGGAAUGUUGUUCAACCGAAAGUUAAUUCAACUCAUUUGAUUCAAGAUCAGCCACAUUACAGUGUAAAUGUAAUGGGAAUUGAAGUAGGUGAAGAGUUUUUGAAUAUUUCAAUGGAUUCAUAUGGAAGAGUAGAAAAGAGAAAGGCAAUAAUAGAUAGUGGUACAACAUUGGCAUAUUUACCAGAAGUGAUAUACAAGCAAUUGGUGAAUAAGAUAGUUGAAGGAAAGUUUGAUAUGAGGUUAAGUAUUCUUCACGACCAGUAUACGUGCUUUAAAUUCUCUGGAAGUGUUGAUGAUGGAUUUCCUGAGGUCACAUUUUAUUUUGAAAAUUCACUUUCUUUGAAGGUUUAUCCUCAUGAUUAUUUAUUUAACUAUGAAGAUUUCUUGUGUUUUGGGUGGCAAAACCAUGGAAUGGAUUCCAUUAGUUCAAGAGACAUAAUUAUAUUAGGAGAUUUGGUACUCUCGAAUAAACUGGUUUUGUAUGAUCUUGAAAACCAAAAAAUUGGAUGGAUCGAAUAUAACUGCUCUACAAAUAUCACACUGAAAGAUGAAAUCACUGGAUUGGUACAUUUGGUUGGUUCUCAUAAUAUAUCAUGUUCAUGUAGUUUUAAUGUUCAUAGGGCUAUGGUAUUAUUAAUCUUGUUAUCAAUUGCUCUAUUAAACCUUAUGAUACAAUAA